CCUCCCUCCGUCCCAUUCAUCUCUCUCAUCAAUCUAUCUCCCUGUACACCCCUCUCCAUUUCCGUGGCUAUUGUUCUUGACUUACGCACGCCCCCUUCCGUCUUCCCUGCGCACCUCUCUCCGUUUCUAUCGCAAUCGUUCUAACCUACGCAUUUCUCCUCGUUUCCGUUGGUGAUAGUUCUUAACCCGCGCGAUACUCCGCUCUCCUUUCAUCUCCAAAGCUGCUAGGGUUAUGGUUAGGGUUUUCUCUUCCUUUCAUAGCAUGAAGAAAGGAUGGUGCUUUGAGAGGAAGAUCCGUUUCUUUCUAAGGUUUUCUCUUUCUUUGCUGUGAAAUAGAAUCCAUGGCCGGGAGUAACGAGAUCAACGUCAAUGAAUCCAAGAUGGUGGUUCCGCUCAAUACUUAUGUUCUCAUCUCCAAUUUCAAGCUGGCCUAUAAUCUUCUCCGUCGGCCAGAUGGAACAUUCAACCGCCACCUUGCUGAAUUCCUUGAUCGAAAAGUCGUUGCCAAUGCUACCCCUGUCAAUGGCGUAUCCUCCUUCGAUGUCAUCAUCGACCGCCCCACAAACCUUUUAAGCCGCAUUUACCGUCCCGCCACCGACAACACCGCUUAUCCGGGCAUGCUGGAAAUCAAACAGGUGCCUACCUCUGCUGUCUUCCCCAUCAUAAUCUUCUUCCACGGUGGAAGCUUUGCACACUCUUCCGCCAACAGUGCAAUCUACGACACCCUCUGCCGCCGCUUUGUGGGUCUUUGCAAGGCUAUCGUGGUUUCUGUGAACUACCGCCGGUCACCUGAGAACCGGUAUCCAUGUGCUUACGAUGAUGGCUGGGCCGCUCUCAAAUGGGUAACCUCACAGUCCUGGUUGCAGAGUGGGGAGGACUCCAAGGCUCAUGUGUUCUUGGCUGGAGACAGUUCUGGUGGCAACAUCGUGCACCACGUUGCAUUGCGAGCCAUGGAAUCGGGCAUCAGCGUGUUGGGCAAUAUACUCCUCAACCCUAUGUUUGGUGGGGAGAAGAGAACGGACUCGGAGAGGAGAUUAGACGGAAAGUACUUCGUAACGAUCCAAGAUAGGGACUGGUAUUGGAAGGCCUUUCUCCCCGAAGGGGCUGAUAGAGACCAUCCAGCAUGUAACCCUUUUGGUCCCAAUGGUGCAAAGCUUGACGAUCUUCCCUUCCCAAAAAGCCUUGUCGUGGUGGCAGGCCUUGAUCUCAUGCAAGACUGGCAAUUGGCUUAUGCUGAUGGGCUUAAACGGGCUGGCCAAGACGUGAAGCCUAUUUACCUUAAGCAGGCCACGGUCGGAUUCUAUUUGUUGCCGAACAAUGACAAUUACUACAGUGUUAUGGAGGAGAUCAAAAACUUUGUCAGUUCAAACUGUUAAUAGACUUACCUAUAGCUACAGGCAUACAUAACAGAAGCUUUGACAUAUCGCUCGGGCUUAAUUUUUUUUCUUUUUUUCUUUUUUUGGGGUUCCUUUUGUCGUCGGUGAAGGUCUGCAAUGUAUGUGAUAUAUACUACUUACACUCUGUUGUUGGU